GUCAGGGCUUGACGCGUACGCCCAUCGUUGGCCAUGUACCUGUACAAUCUCACCUUACAACCGCCAACAGCGGCGACGCAUGCUAUAGUCGGUAACUUCUCUGGCGCUCGCCAGCAAGAAAUCAUCGUCUCACAUGGGUCGCGUCUCGAAUUACUCCGACCAGACGUGCAGACGGGUAAGAUUUCAACGGUAAUUGCCAAUGAUGCAUUUGGCUCCAUUCGUUCAUUGGCUGCAUUCAGAUUGACGGGUGGGACGAAGGAUUAUGCCAUCUUAGGCUCUGAUUCUGGAAGAAUUGUUAUUCUCGAGUAUGAUCCCAAAACGAGUAGUUUUAUCAAGCUACACCAGGAGACGUAUGGAAAGUCUGGCGCUCGGAGAAUUGUUCCAGGACAGUACCUUGCGACUGACCCGAAGGGACGUAGUGUCAUGAUUUCGGCAAUGGAGAAGGCCAAACUCGUCUAUAUUCUCAAUCGUGACGCUGCAGCCAACUUGACUAUCUCUUCCCCGUUGGAGGCGCACAAGAAUGCAGCAAUAAUUCAUCAUAUCGUUGGUGUCGAUGUGGGAUUCGAAAAUCCUUUGUAUGCGGCGCUUGAGGUUGAUUACACGGAGUCUGACCAAGAUCCAACGGGCGAAGCUUUUAAUAACGCGGAAAAGCUUCUUACUUUCUACGAACUCGAUCUUGGAUUGAACCACGUUGUCCGCAAAUGGAGUGAACCUACAGAUCCGCGCGCCAAUCUUCUCGUUCAAGUGCCUGGUGGUCAACUAGCGACGUCUGAUCGGUUCGAUGGUCCGUCGGGUGUUCUGGUCUGUUGUGAAGACCAUAUCAUCUACCGGAAUAUGGACUCACCUCAACAUCGUGUUCCCAUCCCUCGGCGUCGACAUCCAUUAGAAGACAAGGAACGAGGUUUAAUCAUCGUUUCUGCUGUCAUGCACAAGAUGAAGGGUGCAUUCUUCUUCCUUCUUCAGAGUGAGGAAGGUGACUUGUAUAAAGUGACGAUUGACCACGAGGAUGAGGAUGUCAGGGCGUUAAAAAUAAAGUACUUCGACACAGUGCCCGUCGCAUCUAGUCUGUGUAUCUUGAAGUCUGGUUUCCUCUUCGUUGCCUCGGAGUUUGGCAAUCAUCAUCUCUAUCAAUUCCAAAAGCUCGGUGACGAUGACAACGAGCCCGAAUUUUCUUCCACGGACUACCCCAAUUUCGGCAUGGCUGACCCCACAGUACCUUUACCGGCUGCAUACUUCAAGCCUCGACCUCUAGAUAAUCUCGUACUUGCUGACGAGAUCGAAUCGCUAGACCCAAUUAUCGACUCAAAAGUCAUGAACAUCCUACCAAAUAGCGACACCCCGCAAAUCUUCGCCGCUUGUGGACGAGGAGCUCGGUCAUCGUUCCGUACACUUCGUCAUGGUCUUGAGGUAGAGGAAGUCGUCAGCUCGGACCUUCCUGGUAUUCCCAAUGCUGUGUGGACUACACGUAUCAAGGAAGACGAUCCUUAUGACUCUUAUAUCAUCCUGUCCUUCGUUAACGGUACACUCGUCCUGUCCAUUGGAGAAACGAUUGAGGAAGUCCAGGAUACUGGUUUCCUUUCAUCUGCUCCAACACUCGCCGUCCAGCAGAUCGGGUCAGAUGCACUACUUCAGGUCCAUCCGCAGGGUAUUCGACACGUCCUUGCUGACCGUCGUGUUAACGAAUGGCGAGUUCCGCAAGGUAGGACAAUCGUUGCCGCUACGACGAACAAACGGCAAGUAGUAGUGGCUCUAAGCUCGGCAGAGCUCGUCUAUUUCGAACUUGAUUUGGAGGGCCAGCUGAAUGAGUACCAAGAUCGUAAAGCCAUGGGAAGUACCGUACUUGCUCUCAGUGUCGGAGAAGUCCCGCCUGGUAGGCAGAGGACUCCGUACCUAGCAGUCGGUUGCGAAGACCAAACAGUGCGAAUCGUGUCGUUGGACCCUGAAAGCACAUUGGAGACGAUUAGUUUGCAAGCUCUUACGGCUCCUCCGUCAGCUAUUUGCAUCGCGGAUAUGUUAGACUCGAGUAUCGACAAGAACCAACCGACGAUGUUCGUGAACAUUGGCCUGCAGAAUGGUGUACUGUUGCGAACUGUGCUCGAUCCGGUUAAUGGCCAGUUAACGGAUACUCGGACGAGGUUCUUGGGUACUCGACCAGUGAAACUUAUGCGAGUCCAAGUACAACGCAAUUCAUCCAUCUUGGCAUUAUCAUCACGUUCAUGGCUCAACUAUACGCAUCAAGGCCUCUUACAUUUUACACCGUUAAUCUUCGAGACGUUAGAUCACGCGUGGGAGUUCUCCGCCGAGCUCUGUCCUGAAGGUCUUAUCGGUAUCUCUGGAAGUGUACUUCGUAUUUUCCAGAUCCCCCGGUUAGGUACGAAACUCAAACAGGAUUCGAUGCCUUUGACAUACACUCCGCGAAAAUUCAUUCCCCACCCGAUGAACCAAUAUUUCUAUAUGAUCGAGGCAGAUCAUCGGGUUAUGGGCGACGACGCUGCAAAAGAAAAAUUAGCCGAACUUCGUCAGAGAGGUGUCAAAUACGACCAGGAGGUCGUUGACCUACCACCAGAGGUGUUCGGCCGACCAAAAGCACCCGCAGGCACAUGGGGUUCAUGUAUCAGGAUUCUUGAUCCUAUCAACAAAGCUACCGUGAAAGUGGUUCAUCUCGAUAAUAACGAGGCCGCGUUUUCGAUUGCUAUCGUACCUUUCGCAGCGAGGAACAGCGAGUUAUUCCUGUGUGUCGGGACUGCAUCGUCAACGUUCUUGGCACCGCGGUCGUGCUCUAGCGGGUUCAUUCGCACGUAUGCGUUUACGAAUGGUGGCGCUGAUUUGGAGUUGGUACAUAAGACCGAGGCAGACGAUGUUCCUAUGGCAUUAAUGGCCUUCCAGGGUCGGCUUUGCGCAGGAGUCGGGAAGUCACUUCGUAUCUAUGAAAUUGGUAAAAAGAAGCUCUUACGAAAAGUCGAAACAAAGACCUACGGCUCCGCAAUCGUCACCCUAAACACCCAAGGUUCGCGCAUAAUCGUCGGCGACAUGCAAGAAUCCAUCGUCUACGCAGUAUUCAAACCACCCGAAAACCGACUUCUCAUCUUCGCAGACGACUCCCAACCACGGUGGACGACUUCUGCCGUAAUGGUAGACUACACGACCAUCGCGGCGGGUGAUAAAUUCGGGAACGUAUUCAUCAACCGACUGGAUUCCAAAAUCUCUGACCAAGUAGAUGAGGACCCCACUGGUGCAGGUAUCCUACACGAAAAAGGUCUUUUGAUGGGCGCACCGCAUAAAACGGGGAUGAUCGCGCAUUUCCACGUCGGAGACAUCGUAACGAGCAUACACAAAAUCUCCCUCGUCGCAGGUGGUCGAGAAGUCCUCCUUUACACCUGUUUACACGGAACGAUUGGGAUCCUCGUUCCUUUCGUCUCUAAAGAAGAUGUCGACUUCAUCUCGACGCUCGAACAGCACAUGCGGUCGGAGAAGCUCAGUCUCGUCGGGAGAGAUCAUCUUGCGUGGAGGGGUUAUUACGUACCAGUGAAAGCUGUUGUAGAUGGUGAUCUAUGCGAACAGUUUGCAAGGUUACCUGCGAAUAAGCAGUCUGCUAUUGCAGUUGAACUCGACCGGACGGUUGGGGAGGUGUUGAAGAAAUUGGAGCAGUUGAGGGUUACCGCUAGUGGUUUCUAAUCCGACUUGCUUUCUAUUUUCUUUGUGCAUAUAUAUAUGUGCUCUCAAGCUAUUCGUGCUGUAUUGAAACUUGC